CGCGAAUCAGAGGGAAAACUUGAGAGAAACGAAAACCUAGAAAUAAAACCAGAGAAAAACUCAGAAACUGCGACAAAAAAUCGAUCAAACAUUCAAAAGAAUGGUGCUUUGGGAGAUCGCAUUAGGCACCGCCUAUUUCUUGGGGCUCCGCCGCGCUUACAGACUCGCCCUCAAGAUUGAGCGCCGCCUCAUCGGCCCUAACCACCCUAAGAUCCGUGAAUUUGCUCACAGGCGAACACGUGCUGUGUUUGAUGUAGCUGUCAAGGUUCACAAGAACGUUCAGCAACGAGACAUAGAAGUUGGUAGAAAUCUUGGUAACCGGAUCCUGCGCUGGCUCGAUCGGAUGAAACCUGAAGCUGAGAUUCGGCGUCCCCUGGACAAACCUCCCACUGGUUCUAACUCUAGCAUGAGUAUUACAAAGCAGGUAAACUCCUCCCAGCUCAAAACUCCUGGAAGCACUCAGAUAACCAGAAAUCAGGACUCUGACAGACAUCUGUUUUCAACAAUGACAAAUAUGUGGUCUAAACCGUUGCCUCCAAUUACAAUGAUGAUGAGAUCACGAAAACCUUCUGGGAAUGUGACCCACUACCGCCACUUAUGCAUGAACGCGCCUCAACCAUUAAGAUCAAACUACAGUACCGGUGGGUUUGGGGGAGUUAUACGAAAGGAUAUAAUGCAGUGGAUGCUGCAAAAAUGAUGGGACAGAGGUACUUGCCCUUUGUGUUUUCGUAGGAGCCAAAGAAUCUUGGGAUCGGAUUAAGGAGCGAUAGGUUUUGAGGAUGUGAUACGGUUCCUCUGAAGUUGAGCUGACUGUUGUUUCUCAAAAUCUGCUUUCAGAUAAGUUUUUUGUCUAUUCAUUUUCUGGAACAAACUACAAGCACAAGUGUUUGGUUGUUCUUUGUUCUUUUUGUUUAUUUUUGGGAAGCUAUAGUAACGCAGGACAUGAUCGCGAUGAUUUUGUAAUUAAAUUAAGGAGAUUUUAAUUCAUAAUUGUUGGUUCAGACCA